AUGGAAAAGUAUCGAGAAUUUUCUGAUGCUUCCACAGGAAUAAAUCCAUUUUUACCUGUAUGGGUUAAUAAGAAAUUAAGUUUACACGAGAAAUUAUUAAAGUUACUAUUAGUCCCAUUAGUAAUAUGUCGAUUGUGCUUCCUGUGUUUGACGUUAAUAUUUAUGUUUUUUUUAAAUAGCAUAUUAUGGUUGCUAAUAUUUCAAUGUAUAAAAGAAUUUUUUUAUCAAAUAAUUCAGGCAAUUUACUGUAGAUUAUUGUUAUUCUAUUUAGGUUUCAUAUAUUUAGAUGAACAAUAUGCUAAUUACAAAAGAGUAAAAAUAAAAUGUAAUAAACAGAAAAUACCAUUUGCAUAUGAUGACUAUGGCCAUAUAUUUUUAUCCAAUUUUACAUCUUUUGUUGAUGUGUUAUAUUUGGCAUUUAGAUUAAACCCCUUAUUUAUGAUUAUAAAUAAAAAUGGGAGUUUAUCUCCUGUUUUCUUUUUUGAUUUGAUAAAAUUAUCCUUACAGUUUUCUAUACCUAACAAGAAAGGACUAUUUAAAAAUAUUGAAGAAGUACACAUCUAUGCAAAGAAUAAAAAAAUUCGUAGUAUUGUAAUAUUUCCAGAAUCAAUGAAAAGUAAUGGAUCAUGUAUCCUUUUAUGGAAAAAUGAAAUAUUUACGAAUUCGGAGUAUGUCUUGAGAAAUAAAUGUAAUAUAAUAACGUUUAUAUAUGAAAUUAAUAUAAUUAAUAAAAAACUAAAUCAAUUAUAUACUGCUCCACAUACUGUUUUUCAUCCAUUCAUACAUAUAACUCUUUUAUGUUUUAAUAUUUACAACAAAAUUAAAAUUGUCUGGUUAAGUGAAAAAGAUAUUUCAUGUGCUUUAAAAGUAGUUGAAUUGACAAAUAAUGAUGAGUUGGUACAUUAUUUAAGAAAUCUAAUGGGGCAGAUGAAACCGACAGGAGGUACUUUAGUUAAUGUAAAAUCAGAAUUGCUGGAAAAAUUUGUGAAUUACUGGAAUAUGACAAGAAAAAGAGUAUAUUUAUAA